AUGAUCCUAGAUGAGAUCCUAAAUGUGCCUUAUGUAAUGUGGCUAUUUGAACAGCUGGCUCUUCCCCAAAUAUAUUAUACUACAUCAUAUAAAGGGCCAGAUUCUGCUGUCAGCAACACCAUUGUAACCAAACUCCUCAUUUACUCCAGUGUCAAUGAGAACAGCCUCUUUGGUUUGGUAAAUAAUGCUGGAAGAGCAACGCCGAUGGCACCCACCGACUGGAUGCAGAUAGAUGAUUUCAACACAAUUCUGGAUGUUAAUCUGAUGGGGUUGAUUGAAAUCACCCUGAAGCUUCUCCCGCUUUUGAAAAAGGCUAAAGGAAGAGUAGUCAACGUUGCCAGUGUUAUGGGUCGUUUGGCAUUUUUAGGUGGUGGCUACUGUUUGUCAAAGUGGGGCGUGGAAGCUUUCUCAGACAUCUUACGGAGAGACAUGCAGCAUUUUGGAGUGAAGGUGAGCAUAAUUGAGCCGGGAUGUUUUAAGACUGGAGUAACUAGUUCAGAGGUCAUUGAGAGAGACCUGCUAAGACUUUGGAACCAACUAACUCCUGAGGUCAGAGAAUCCUAUGGAGAUAAAUACUUUGUUGAGUAUAUAAGAGCUCAAAGAUUUUCAAUGAAAAGAUUGUGCGACUCUGACAUUUCUAAAGUCACAAAAUGCAUGGAGCACGCCUUGAUAGCAAAAUACCCCAGGACACGCUAUGGAUCUGGAUGGGAUGCAAAGUUCUUUUGGCUGCCCCUCUCCUAUGCACCAACCCUUCUAUCUGAUAUGAUGUUGCGUAUGCUGCUUCCAACUCCAGCAGCCAGUAGGAAAUCAGUAUCCAGAGUUCCACUUGAUGUUUAAUAUUUAGUACACUAGGG